AUGGAUCGCCUCCUAUCACCUACGGGCGCCGCGCAGACUUGGUACUACGCCCUCGAGCGGAGACGAGGGCGGGAUGCCGCCCCGGGAGCGUUUCCGCGACCCGUGCCUCCGGCGGUUUGGGCCGACCCUCCGUGGCGGCCGCCCUCGGCCGAGCCGGGACGCCUCGCCUUCACCACCACGGUCCAGGACUUCGCCGACCGCUUUCAGGCGCUCGCGUGCCAUGCCCUGGGCGUCUCGGCACGGCAGCGCGCCGAUCUCUUCGUCGGUGGCCUCCCCGACUACAUCCGCGUCGACGUCGAGAUGAGCGAGCCGGCGGACCUGCAGACGGCCAUGUACUACGCACGAGCCUAUGAGCAGCGCGCCCUCGCCAUGCAGCAGGUCUACGCGCAACGUGGCAGCGCUCGUCCCGCGCCCGGCCCGCCCCGACACCCACCACCCCGCCGCGCCCCGCACCGGCCGCUGCGCCCACGAGCCCUCUGCGCCGACUCGCCCCUUCAAGCGGGCCGACGGCUGCGGAGCAGCGCUGAGCGGCGCCGCCAGGGGCUGUGCUUCAACUGCGACGAGAAGUACGCACCGGGCCACACGUGCGCCCGCCUCUUCUACCUGGAGACCGUCGACGACGCCGACGUUGAGACCCUCACCGGCGAGCUCGCGGCCGCCACCGUCACUGAGGCCGGUGUCACGACCUACGCGCCAGUCGACGCGUCCGCCUUCGUCGUCUCUCUCCAUGCUAUGGCGGGCAUCAAGACGGCAAAGACGAUGCUGCUCCCGGUGACGAUCAAUGGGGAGCAUCUCACUGCGCUGGUGGACACGGGUUCCACGCACAACUUCCUGUCCAACACCGCCAUGCGCCGCCUCGCUCUCCAGCCGGCGGGAUCGGAGAAGUACAGCGUCACCGUCGCCAACGGGGAUCGUCUUACGUGCCAGGGCGUGGCGCGACAGGUUCCCAUGCUCUUGGGCGACGAGCCGUUCGCCAUCGACUGCGUCGGCAUCGACUUGGGCUGCUACGACUUCAUCCUCGGCCUCGACUUCCUGAGCACUUUAGGCCCCAUCCUGUGGGACCUCGACGCGCUGUCCCUCAUCUUCUGGCGCGAGGGCGGCCGCCGUGUUCACUGGAUGGGCGUGGGCAGCACUGGCACAUCCCCGGAGCUCCACCUGAUGGCCGCCGCGCUAGACGAGGCGCAUCCGCUCCUGGCCGACUUACUGCAGCAGCACGGCGACCUCUUCGACGAGCCGCAGGGCCUCCCUCCCUCGCGACCCUGUGACCACCGCAUCCACCUGCUGCCAAACACGGCACCCGUAGCUGUGCGGCCGUACUGGUACCCCCAGCUGCAGAAGGACGAGCUCGAGCGCCAUGUGCCGGUCAUGCUAGCACAGGGCAUCAUCCGGAUCUCGACGUCACCGUUCUGCGCCCACGUGCUCCUUGUGCGCAAGACCGACGGCACGUGGCGUUUCUGCAUCGACUUCCGCGCCCUCAACACCGUCACGUCCAAGGACAAGUUCCCCAUCCCCAUCGUGGAUGAGCUCCUGGACGAGCUACAUGGCGCGCGCUUCUUCACCAAGCUCGACUUGCGCUCGGGCUAUCAUCAGGUGCGCAUGCACCAGGACGACAUCGCCAAGACAGCGUUCCGCACUCACCAUGGCCACUACGAGUUUUUGGUGAUGCCGUUCGGCCUCUCCAACGUACCGACGACCUUCCAGGCUCUGAUGAACGACGUGCUCAGCCCCUACUUACGCCGCUUUGUGCUUGUUUUCUUUGAUGAUAUUUUGAUCUACAGCGCAUCCUGGGCGGAGCACCUGCAGCACGUGGCCAUCAUCUUCAACGAGCUUCGAGCGCAUCGUCUUCACCUCAAGCGCUCGAAGUGCUCGUUUGGCAUGACCUCCGUCGCGUACUUGGGCCACGUCAUCUCCGCCGACGGUGUCGCGAUGGACGCGGCGAUGGACGCGGCG